GACGCGCCGACUGCGCUUCCGCGUUGGGGAGCCGGCGGCGGAUCCCGGGAAGCAGAAACCCGGGGUCCCGGCAGCGGGGCGGCCUGCGGGCCCAAGGCGGGGAUGCACCGCCGCGGGGUGGGAGCCGGCGCCAUCGCCAAGAAGAAGCUUGCCGAGGCCAAGUAUAAGGAGCGAGGGACAGUCUUGGCUGAGGACCAGCUGGCCCAGAUGUCGAAGCAGUUGGACAUGUUCAAGACCAACCUGGAGGAAUUUGCCAGCAAGCACAAGCAAGAAAUCCGGAAGAACCCUGAGUUCCGGGUGCAGUUCCAGGACAUGUGUGCCACCAUUGGGGUUGAUCCUUUGGCCUCUGGAAAAGGAUUUUGGUCUGAGAUGCUAGGUGUGGGAGACUUCUAUUAUGAACUAGGAGUCCAGAUUGUCGAAGUGUGCCUGGCCCUGAAGCACCGGAAUGGAGGUCUGAUAACUCUGGAGGAACUACAUCAACAGGUGUUAAAAGGAAGGGGCAAAUUCGCCCAGGAUGUCAGCCAAGACGACCUGAUCAGGGCCAUCAAGAAACUAAAAGUACUUGGCACUGGCUUCGGCAUCAUCCCUGUGGGCGGCACUUACCUCAUUCAGUCUGUUCCAGCUGAGCUUAAUAUGGAUCACACUGUGGUGCUGCAGCUGGCAGAGAAAAAUGGCUACGUGACUGUCAGUGAUAUCAAAGCCAGUCUUAAAUGGGAGACAGAGCGAGCGCGACAAGUGCUGGAACACCUGUUGAAGGAAGGGCUGGCUUGGCUGGACCUGCAGGCCCCAGGGGAAGCCCACUACUGGCUGCCAGCUCUCUUCACUGACCUCUACUCCCAGGAGAUCACGGCUGAGGAAGCCAGAGAAGCCCUCCCCUGACUCGGGGAGUGUGGAAGGGGCACAGAGUAGGCAGGGAGAAGAGGGAGGAACUGUUGAAUAAAACCUGGACUUUGUUUAAAAAAAAAAAAAAACACAGAAAAUAAUGUUCCAAGUUUUUUUCUUCCCCCAGUGUUCUUCACCCAUUAUUUUAUUUUUUUAAAGUGCCUUCACAUUGCAUCUUUAUUGGAGAAAACCUCAUUUAUCCAGUAAGGAUAACCUGAGUAACAUAACAGUGAAUAUGUAUAAAAUGACUGCACAAGUCACCUACAAGUCCGUGGCAGAGCUGGGCCUAGAAUGAAGGCCAUCUGUCUCCCGGCUAGACAGUCUACUCUUUGUAGCCCUGAGACAUAGAUUAUAGCCUGUUAAUUCAAACCUCUUUCUUAUAAAAUGUUCCUUAUGUCAAAA